AGGGGCGGGGCUGACGCCGGCGGCGGGCGGGGUUCGCAGCUCCGCUUCUCCAAGAGCAACCCCGGGCGGCGGGGCUGGAGCUGGAGCUAGAGCCGGAGCCCGCUGCAGGGUCGGAACCAGGGGCCGGGCCGGAGCGGGCUCCAUCGACAUGGGGUCUGCAGACUCCAAGCUCAACUUCCGGAAGGCGGUGAUCCAGCUGACCACCAAGACGCAGCCUGUGGAAGCCACGGACGAUGCCUUUUGGGACCAGUUCUGGGCAGACACAGCCACCGCGGUGCAAGAUGUCUUUGCUUUGGUGCCGGCGGCAGAGAUCCGAGCUGUGCGGGAGGAGUCACCCUCUAACCUGGCCACCCUGUGCUACAAGGCUGUGGAGAAGCUGGUGCAAGGAGCGGAGAGUGGCUGCCACUCAGAGAAGGAGAAACAGGUCGUCCUGAACUGCAGCCGGCUACUCACUCGAGUGCUACCUUACAUCUUCGAGGACCCUGACUGGAGGGGCUUCUUCUGGUCCACAGUGCCUGGGGCAGGGCGUGGAGGGGGUGAGGAAGAGGAUGAGAACGCUCGGCCCUUGGCUGAGUCCUUGCUCCUAGCCAUCGCUGACUUGCUCUUCUGCCCAGACUUCACUGUGCAGAACCACCGGAGGAGCAAUGUGGAGUCAGCAGAAGAUGUCCAUUCCCUGGACAGCUGUGAAUACAUCUGGGAGGCUGGUGUGGGCUUUGCUCACUCCCCACAGCCCAACUAUAUCCAUGACAUGAACCGGAUGGAGCUGUUGAAGCUUCUGUUGACUUGCUUCUCAGAGGCCAUGUACCUGCCGCCAUCGCCAGAAAGUGGCAGUACCAACCCCUGGGUUCAGUUCUUUUGCUCCACAGAGAACAGACAUGCACUGCCCCUCUUCACCUCGCUGCUCAACACCGUGUGUGCCUAUGACCCUGUGGGCUACGGGAUCCCGUACAACCACCUGCUUUUCUCGGACUACCGGGAGCCCCUGGUGGAGGAGGCUGCUCAGGUGCUCAUCGUCACCUUGGACCAUGACAGUGCCACCAGCAGCAGUCCCACCGUGGAUGGGACCACCACGGGCACUGCCAUGGAUGAUGCUGAUCCUCCAGGGCCAGAGAACCUGUUUGUGAACUACCUGUCUCGCAUUCACCGUGAGGAGGAUUUCCAGUUCAUCCUCAAGGGGAUAGCUCGGCUGCUGUCCAACCCCCUGCUCCAGACCUACCUUCCCAACUCCACAAAGAAAAUCCAGUUCCACCAGGAGCUGCUAGUUCUUUUCUGGAAACUCUGUGACUUCAACAAGAAAUUCCUCUUCUUUGUGCUGAAGAGCAGUGACGUGCUGGAUAUCCUGGUCCCCAUCCUCUAUUUUCUCAACGACGCCCGGGCAGAUCAAUCUCGAGUGGGCCUGAUGCACAUCGGGGUCUUCAUCCUGCUGCUUCUGAGCGGGGAGAGGAACUUCGGGGUACGGCUGAACAAGCCCUACUCAGUUCGCGUGCCCAUGGACAUUCCCGUCUUCACAGGCACACACGCAGACUUGCUCAUUGUGGUAUUCCACAAAAUCAUCACCAGUGGUCACCAGCGGCUGCAGCCCCUCUUUGACUGCCUGCUCACCAUUGUGGUCAACGUGUCACCCUACCUCAAGAGCCUGUCCAUGGUGACUGCCAACAAGCUCCUGCACCUGCUGGAGGCCUUCUCUACCACCUGGUUCCUCUUCUCAGCUUCCCAGAACCACCACCUGGUCUUCUUCCUCCUGGAGGUCUUCAACAACAUUAUCCAGUACCAGUUUGACGGCAAUUCCAACCUGGUCUACGCCAUCAUCCGUAAGCGUGGGGUCUUCCACCAGCUGGCCAACCUGCCCACUGACCCACCCUCCAUCCACAAGGCACUUCAGCGGCGACGGAAGACGCCGGAGCCCCUGUCCCGUGCUGGUUCCCAGGAGGGCGCUUCCAUGGAGGGCUCCCGCCCUGCCGCCCCCGCGGAACCAGGCACCCUAAAGACCAGCCUGGUGGCCACUCCAGGCAUCGACAAGCUGACAGAGAAAUCCCAGGUGUCAGAGGAUGGUACCUUGCGGUCUCUAGAGCCCGAAUCCCAGCAAAGCUCAGCAGAAGGCAGCCCGUCUGAAGGGGAGUCCAGCCAAACAUGGAGAGAGCAGCGGCGAUUGUCCAAUGCAUCAUCCAGUGGCCAGUGGAGCCCAACAUCAGACUGGAUCCUGUCCUGGAAGUCAAAGCUGCCGCUGCAGACCAUCAUGCGCCUGCUGCAGGUGCUAGUUCCCCAGGUGGAGAAGAUCUGCAUUGACAAGGGUCUGACGGAUGAGUCUGAGAUCCUGAGGUUCCUGCAGCAUGGCACCCUAGUGGGGCUUCUGCCUGUACCCCACCCCAUCCUCAUCCGCAAGUACCAGGCGAACUCAGGCACCGCCAUGUGGUUCCGCACCUACAUGUGGGGCGUCAUCUACCUGAGGAACGUGGACCCGCCCAUCUGGUACGACACUGACGUGAAGCUGUUUGAGAUCCAGCGGGUGUGAGGAUGGAGACCGGAGGGGACAGGACCAGGAGGGCCGGUCCUAGUCCCCAGGGCUCCCCCAACCCAGUGUUCUGAGCUUUAAAGGCCCUUUAUUAAUCAGGGUGUGCGGCAGGUAGAGUGGCUGGUCUUGGAUGGCAGGUACCCAUUGCGGCUGGAGACAACAGGGAGUAGAAAAAAAGAAAAGUGCCCCUCUGCCCUCUAGGCUGUUCUCCCAGGAGCCUCUUGUCCCCAGAGAUUCAAGCCCCACCACAGUCCCUGCCCACGCUGGCUCCUCCAAGACCUGCUCUUGUGCUGCCUGCCCCCAGAAGAUGCCAGGUCACUGUGCCCCAGUAGGUUUUCCCAAAAAGGAGCCAAGUGCUGUCCCAUGGGGCACCUGGUCAUGGUGACUGGGAGUCCUGGCCACCAGCCUGAGACGUCUGUUCUAGGCCCUCUCCCUGCCGGGGCUCUAUGGGAAGAGUGGCUGAGCUGCCAGCUGAGGAGGCUGGGGGCUGACAACUUAUAAGGCAAGACUGGAGAGUGUGCUCUUAGGGGCUUGGAGUAGGGUUUUGAGGGUCUCCUGUUGCUGACCUUGGGAGGUUGCCUGGCUGGUGGGGCCUGAAGGAUGCCAGUGUCCCUGCCUUGCCUGCUGCCUGGGUGGUGGUGGGGGCCACAUUCUACCAGUCCCGGCUUUGGCCUCUGGGUCGCUCUUGGCCCACCUGUGGCAGUACAAUGUUCGCUCUGUACAAUCAGAUACUUCACACAAUAAAAUUUCCCUCUCUGU